AUGCAAUUUGCUACUUUAAUUACACUCGCUUCAGUUACUUUAGCUUUAAAUUUAGAACAAGUUAGAUUAAUCAAUGAUAAUGAAUUAAUUAUUCAAGAUGCUGAAUAUGGUUAUCCAACAAUUAUUAAUUUAAAAGAUGAAGAUGAUAAAGUUGAAGAAGAAGGUAAAAAAGAUAAAAAAACUUCAUCAAUUUCUUCAUUUUUUUCAUCAUUAACUAAAACUUCAUCAUCAUCAUCAUCAACUACUACAUCUUCAAGUUCAACUACUAAAAUUACUACUACUACUCAUUCAGAAAAAACUCAUACUACUACUGAUAAACAUGGUUCUACUUCAUACUGGACUAAAACUAAAACUUAUUCAAUCACUAAAACCGGUGGUGCCGAAGCUGUUCAAGCUGCUGCUGUUGGUGGUCCAUUAUUAAUGGCUUUAGGUUUAUUAUUAUAA